AUGUCUGCAAUGGCCCAAGACAAAUACCUUUUCACUUUCGUCAAAGUUAUGUUAAUAAUAAGUGGACUUUGGCCGCUAGAAAUUCCAAAAGUCUCAAGAUUCUGGCAGGCUGUUUUCAAGAUUUACUAUGCUUUGGCUCACGUCAUUUAUUUGACGUCACCUUUUGCCUUUGGCGGCGCUUUGCUGGUCGAUUAUGGAGUUAGAAAUGCACAAGCCGCAGAAGACUUUUCAAGAAUGAUCUUCGUAAUACUAAUAGUCUUCAAACUAAAAAUAAUUCGUUCGAAAAAAAUGAAAAACAUAAUCAACUUAGUUACUUCCGAGGAAAUAAUCAUUAUGAAAAAUAAAAAUAAAGUCAUUACAACUACUUACCAAUCUCACGUGACUUAUUGCAAGCGAAUGGUAUUUUUUGUAGCGGUUUUUUUGUGGGCUGCAGGUCUUACCAACAUGCUAAAUGGUAAGCAAACAAUUUACGUUUUGCCUACAUUAAUAAAUAUUCAAGGUUUCUACGAGCUAAACAAAUGGAUUGAUGCAAACAAACCCAGGCCUCACAUAAUACCAUUUUGGUUCCCAUUCGACACAGAAAAACACUUCGUUUUGGCUAUGGCUUACCAAAUAUGGCACAUCUAUCAAACUCUAGCUAUAAAUACUGCAAUUUUGGCCCUUAUAAACUCUGUUAUAGUGUUUUUAAGGGCCAAUUUGAAAAUUUUGCAAUACCACAUAAGGAAUUUUUAUUCGGAGAAAAAUUUGAAACAAUGGGUGCACGACUUAGAUGAUUCGUUCAAAAGUAUAUUAUUGUUGGAAUAUUGUGUCACAUCAAUACAACUGGCUACAACUCUAAUACAAAUAAUUCAAUUGGUACAUUUGCCUUUUAACGUCACAUUUUUCAUCCAUUGCUUGUUGCAAUUAUUUGUAAUUGCUUGGAAUGCAAAUGAAAUAAUGCUCGAGAGCUCUUUUGGUCUACUGCAAGCCUUAUAUGAUACUAAUUGGUAUAGUCAAGGCAAGGAAAUCAGUCAUUUGAUUUAUUUGAUGAUGAUUCGUUGCAAGAGGCCUUUAGUGAUGCGAAUAGGACCUCUCGGUGCUAUGGAUUUGGAUGUUGCAGUCUCAAGAGUUAAACUGGCUUAUACAUGUUUGUCAGUACUAAAAGUUACAACUGAAGAAUAA